AUGGCCAGACUCUCUGCCUGGUUACUGCUUCCACUGCUAUGUGGAAGCAGUCUUGCAAAAGAAGGUUCCGUUGUUCCCGAUUUCGUUGAUUCUUCUUCCAGCCCUUCCACUCAUUUCUCUACCGUUUCCUUCCCCAACGCUCAUUUGAAUGCCCAUCUUCCUGUCACUCCUUCAACCCCUAAAGUCAAUCCAUUAUCGAGAAGAUCCGUGUGUAAGCCGCGGCUUCCGGCUGGUGUUGCUCACUCUCUGGUCUCAACAACCUCGUCUAUCCCCACGGUUACAAGCGAUUCUAUUGGCCUGUCAACGUCUCUGGCUGGGUCUAUCAUCGCCAAGACUUCAGCUGGAUCUCAAUCUGAUGAGAGCUUGAGCCACUCAACCACUACUGGCACAUCUGGUAUCGCGACUGAAGCAACAUCUGCAACUCUUCACACGGAGUCGACAAAUGUUGGAAGUGGAUCAUCUACCGAGACCGCAUUGACCGCAUCGACUGCAUCGACUGGAACUACAUCGUCUGAGCCUACAUCCACCCAGGCUACGUCACCUGGUUAUAAGUCCGACACUACAACAUCCGAGGCUCUAUCAGUCGAGGCUACAUUCGCUGAGAACAUAUCUUCGGGGACUGCAUCCAGUCAUGCGACAAUUACUUCAGGGGUUAGCUCUUCACAGACUUCAGUGACCGAGACUACAUCGGCCGAGACAGCAUUGCCUGAAGUUGCAUCUUCUGGUGGUACUUCUUCCGGUAGUGCUUCUUUUGACACCACUUCUUCUGGCGAUGUAUCCGCCAAGAACACGUCGCCCGAGACCACUACUAGUCAUACGAGUGAAGUUCAUUCUGAGGCUACAUCCUCUGAGACUGUAUCCUCUGAUUCUACAUACUCUGAGACUACCUCUUCCGAAUCUGCAUCCUCUGAGACUACGUUGGCCGAGACUACAUCAAUUAAGACUGUACCAUCCAGCACUCUACCAUCUGUAGCUUCAUCGACCGCGACUAUUUCUUCUGAUGAUGCAUCAGCAGAGACUGUCUCGUCCGGUACUAUAUCGGUGGAGAGCACAUCAGCAGAGGUCACAUCUAGCCAUGCGGCCGCAAUAGUCUCUGACACAACAUAUUUGUCUGCAUCUAUCUCUGGAAUCGAUACUAGCUCAACCCUUACCCGAUCCUCAUUGUCUGUUGUCGCAGAGGACGAGACUUCAACAGCCGCGCUCUCCUCCACAGACUCUCUUUCUCAAGAGUCUUCCACCAUUGGCUCGACCACCGCGGGUCCCUCUAGUGUCGGGUCCGCUACCAUAGUCUCUGGGUCAAGCUCAACCGACCUGGUGGUUUCCGACACCAGCGCAGCAACCUCCGAGACAAGCGAGGCUCCUACAUCCACCCAAGGAAGUCAAUCUUCUGAGGCGUCACUUUCCUUAACCACUACAUUCCUUUCAUCUACAUUCACCUCAUCAGACCAAACAACAUCCGAGACUGCGGUAUCAACAUCAACUGACUCUCCUUUAGUGCUCACCGUAGCCACAGACGGUAGCGGAGACUACACUGCCAUCGGUGAUGCCAUCAAGGCUGCCCAAACAAGUGGCUAUCCGACUGUCACCGUUCUCGCCGGUACCUACACCGAAAACGUUGUCAUCCAGGCCACUCCCACAGUCACUAUCGUCGGAGAAGUGUCGAAGAAGCGUGAUGGCUCAUCUAAGGUCGUUAUCGACAAUGGUGGUAAUGCCAAUCCUGCGUUGUCUUUCUCAACAGCUGGCGCUGCGGGCAUCACAUGGAGAAACAUCAAGUUCUCCAACUCUCAAGCUGGAGGCUCUGGUGGAGCAGUCUUUCUUCGUGGCUCGAAGAAUGCCUUUUACAACUGUGAAUUCUUCGCCGUUGGCUCUGUCGCUAUCACUGGCAGCUACGCUUCAGCAAUCGUUGCCAACUCCUACCUUGAGGCGCAGGACAAGGUCAUCUAUAACUUCCCAUCGUUGUAUCUGUACGGAUCAACCAUCACCGCAACCAAAUCGAAUGCUCUGCUCGUGUACAACAAGGGAGCGUUGUCUGGCUCUACUCUGUAUAAUACCACCGUCGUAUUCGAUACGUGUGAUAUCAGCCAAAAGAGUGGUGCCACGAACACUCGAGUCUUCCUUGCUGCAGGCAACGGAGACGGAUCUGUCGCUGUCUUCAGAGACGCCAUUCUUGGAGGCUUCUUGGCCGCCUCAGGUGUCUACGUCGAUGCAAAGACUCAGUCUUCAUUGAACAGUUACAUCGAGUUCGGUACGACAGGAGAUGGCAGCUACUCCAACCACGUAUCGGAUCGCUCCAAGUAUGUUUCGCUGGUCACUGACCCCAAGGAUCUGUCUCCGUACGAGAUCUCUACAUUUUUCAAGAACGUUUACCCAAGUGUCGCUGUCACUUCCGUCGAUUGGAUUGACCCUGAUGUGUUGAGUGCCAUUCAGGCCAGCAACGCUAAGGACUUCCCUAAAGUGGAAACCUCCAGCACUGUCGCGUCCACUAAAACAUCUGGGGCCACCACGGCUGCGUCUGACUCUUUGACUACUUCCAGCGCUCUAGACCAAUCUGCCACAAGCAAAACACACGAUGUCACCACUUCUGCCGCAGCUACUACCUCUGCUUCAUCAUGCUCCCUUCCUUCAGCCGUUCCCAGCACUGCUCUCGUUGUUGGACCCAAGAGCAAUCCUUGUGCCUCCUACGACACCCUCGCGUCUGCAGUGGCAGCACUCCCCGCCGAUGACACUACCCAGACCAUCUACAUCCUUGCUGGAACAUACCAAGAGAAGGUGUCCAUCGUCCGUGUAGGCGCUACUAUUCUUCGCGGCCAGACCAGUGAUGGCACCACGUACAAGAACAACAAGGUGACCAUCACCGCCAGCAACGCUGUCUUGUCCAGCAGCGGUGGUUCAUCUGGAACAGCUACCUUCUCUGCGAACAAGUAUGAGGCCAAACUUGUGUCCUUCUACAACAUCAACUUUGAGAACUCAUUCGCGGCUAGCGCGAACAACAUCGCUUUGGCAGUCUACGCCAAGGGUACCAAGGUGGCCUUCUAUGGUUGCAGCAUUGACUCAACCCAGGGAACCCUGUACCUCGACUACGGCAACUUCUUCUUCAGUCAUUCGAGGGUCUCUGGAACCACCGAUUUCGUCUGGGGCCAAGGCGCAGGUUACUUCUACAACAGUGUUAUCGUCUCCAAGGGAUCAUCCACAGGCCAGGCUAUUGCUGCCCACAAGUACCAAGGCCAAUACGGCGGCUCUCAAUUCGUGUUUGACAUGUGUGCCGUUGUGCCCGAGUCUAGCUCCAUCCCUGAGGACAGCACAUAUCUCGGUCGCGAUUACAGUGCCAAGGCCAAUGUUGCCUUCGUCAACUCGUUCUUGGACGGCCAUAUUGCUGGCGAUGGAUGGAAGGUUUCUUCGCCUUCUACCUUCACUGGUUCCUUCACCGAGGGUAACAACACUGGACCCGGUUAUGACUCUUCAGCUCGUAUAUCCUCCGCCACUGUCAUCAAGGAUACCUCUUCUUACAGCUUUGCUGGUAUCUUGGGAAGCGACGCUUGGAUUGACAAGACCGCCAUUGCUCCUUUCCUAGGCUGGCCCGAGUCGAAGUAUGGCAAAGAUGCCGCUAGUGUGACCACCACUUCAGCUGCUACCACUGCAUCAGAAACCACUAGUGCUACUGUUGUCGGCAAUACCUUGACUGUGGCCCCAUCUCCUACUGGUAGCCAGUUCAAGACGGUGGCCUCUGCUCUCGCUGCCAUUCCCGAGGAUGGGGAGGACUACACUGUCUUGAUCAAGGCUGGUACCUAUAAUGAGCAGCUUACUCUCAACCGCGCAAAAGGCCGCGUCACUCUUCGCGGCGAAACAAGCUUUGAGAAUGAUUUCACCCAGAACGAGGUUCUCAUUUCAUUCUCCAAGGGCUUCUCGACAGGUGCUGGACGAAAUGAAGAGACUCCAGUCCUUUUCUGGAAGACCACUUCAUCCGCUGGUCUCUCUCUGUACAACCUGAACUUCACCAACACCUUUGAGCAGACCCGCGACACAGCUGCUCUUGCUGCCGAUUUCUUCGGAAACGUGGCAGCCUAUGGCUGUGCAUUCAAGGGUUUCCAGGAUACUUUGCUCGUCAACCAGGGUGUGCAGGUUUUCAGCAAUAGUUAUCUCGAAGGAAGUGUGGACUUCAUCUGGGGCUACAGCAAGGCCUACUUUCACCAGUGCUACGUUGCAUCUAACACAGCUGGUGCCUACAUCACUGCGCAGAACCGCAAGUCUUUAUCUUGGGCUGGUGGUUUCGUUUUCGAUACCUGCAAGGUCACGUACACUGAUAGCUAUGGAUCUACCUUUGGCACAACUUCAUUGGGUCGUCCUUGGUCGCAAUACGCACUUGUUGUGUAUAUGAACUCGUUUCUCGAUAAGCACAUCUCUUCAGCUGGAUGGUCCGCAUGGUCUACAAGCAGCCCUCAGACAUCCGAUGUUCUAUUCGGCGAGUUCAAUAAUACUGGCCCCGGAAACUGGACCUCCUCUCGUGCAAGCUUCGCGACAAAGCUCACCGAGUCCCAAGCUGCUGCUUACUCCCUGGGAUCGUUUAUCGGUAGCACGAGCUGGCUUGACAUGAAGGCGUACAACUAUGUCCCCAGCUAUACUAUUGGUGACUCCAACGCUGCCACUGACCCAGAGACAGACGUCUCUUGGCCAUCCCACCCUUCUGAUGGAACCACACCCCCCAAGAAUGCAGUCCUUGUUUCUGUUGGCGGAGAAAAGUCAGGCUCUUACUCGAGCCUCACUAGUGCGCUCAAGAGCCUCCCUAAAGAUUCGACCCCGCAAGUCAUCUUUAUCUACCCCGGAUCAUACGAAGAGCAGGUUCCAUCUAUCAACAGACCUGGUCCAGUUACCAUCAUCGGAUACACAGAGAGCGAGCCCGGAAAGACCUAUACUACCAACCAGGUUACCAUCACCCAAGCCAAGGGACUUUCUGUUGCAGGAACCAUUCCUGCUGGACGCAGCAACGCGGACACGGCUACCAUCGCAACAGCUAGUUCCAAGAUCGCCGUCUACAACGUCAAAUUCAUCAACACAGAGAACCUCGAUGGCGCCACCCCCAGUUAUGUCACUCUCGCUGCCAGUGUCUACGGCGACAAGAUUGGUUUCUACGGAUGUUCUUUCGACGGAUGGCAGGACACUCUUCUCACUGGUGCCACAACUGGCUAUCAGUACUACGAAAGCUGUAUGAUUGAUGGAGCUAUUGACUUCGUCUGGGGCUACAGCAAGGCCUACUUCAAGGGCUGCACUCUUGGUGCCAAGCGCGCCAAGUCUGCCAUUACUGCGCAGAGCCGCAAUGGUCCUAAUGCAGUCGGUGGCUACAUCUUUGACCAGUGCCUUUUCACCGAAGCUGCCUCGGCCACUGCUGAUCUCGAAGGACAAGUCUAUCUCGGCCGACCCUAUAGUGCUUACGCUCUUGUCGUGAUCAAAAACAGUUACCUCGACUCAACCAUCCAGCCAGCAGGUUGGAAGAUAUGGUCUACCACUGAUCCUCGUACCGACCACAUUACAUUUGCGGAGUAUGCCAAUGAAGGUCCCGGAAGCUGGGAGAAGAACGUAGCAGCUCGAGAGGCGUUCGGUUUUGCCACUCUUUUGACCAAGGACGAUUACUCUCUUGAUACUGUUAUGGAUAGCACGGAUUGGAUUGACAAGACUCACUGGGACUCGAUCACAACGCCAAAGCCUAGCACACCUGUCGUUCCUGUUCCUGAUCCCAAUGCUGUUUACAGUGGCAAGACCCCUCCGCCAGGCGCCUACAUCGUCUCCAAGGAUGCCAUCAAUGGGGUCACUACCUACGACACGAUUCAGGCUGCUAUCGAUGCACUGCCACUCUCAUCCAAGGUCACGCCCACUGUGUUCAUCUACCCUGGUACAUACAAGGAACAGAUCGUCCUCAGCAGAGCUGGAACCACCUUCUUUAUUGGCUAUUCUGAAUCGCCCGAUGAUUACAAUAAGAACCAAGUUACCAUCACGUACGACAAGGGCAUUGAUACACAGGCCGAGGCGUCCAACUCUGACUCGGCAACCUUCUAUGCUACUGGUAAUUAUUUCCAGGCUGUGAACAUCAAUUUCGAAAACACAUUCGGCACAGCCAACAACUACGCCAGUCUUGGCUUUGGUGUCAAGAGUAGCAAGUUCGCUUCGCUCUAUGGAUGUCAAGUUUACGGUAACCAGGAUGCUCUACUCAUCAACGGCAAUCUCUUCGCAUACAACAGUCUUUUCACAGGAAACAUAGACAUGAUUUGGGGUUCCGGUGCCGGAUACUUCCUCAAGUCUACUCUGUCGCCAAACAAGGACAAGAUUGCCUUGACUGCAAACAAGAAAGGAACCAACACUGGCGCAUACGGCUUCGUGUUUGAUCAGUGCACUGUCACUCCCGCCAACGGAGCUUCUUUCUCGACUAUCUACCUCGGCCGGCCUUGGGAUCAGUUUGCUCGUGUUGCUUACAUCGAGUCUGAACUCAGUUCCUGCAUCCCUGGUGCCGGUUGGGAUGACUGGACAACUGCAGAUCCCCGAACAGCCAACGUCGUCUUUGGCGAAUACGCCAACUCUGGUGCUGGAUCAUCAACCAGCAAGCGUGCUUCCUUCGCCAAGCAGCUUUCCGAUGUAGAAGUUGCCCAGUUUGAACUGGGUACUUUCUUCCCCUCUACAAGCUGGAUCAACAUGACUCUGGUAAACGCGACUCCUUUUGACGCGGGCGUGGCGGCUACCCAGUCCGUCAGCUUGACAACCGUCUACACUACGAAGACUGUGACUUCUUCUCAGACCAUGUUCAUCACCACUACCGGAGUUGGUGUGACGGUCACAGAGAAGUCCACUUCGACUCAAGAUAUCGGCACUACCAUCACACCUGAUCCUGUUACUAAGACGACCGUUGAGAAGACUACCAUCACUCAGGCCGCACAGAUCACGCAAGCGGACAAGAUUGUCACUGUCAAAUCAACAGAGAUUGUGGACGUCGGCAAGACAGUCACUCCCGCAGAUAUCACCGAAACUUCAACUAAUGUCGUUGAUGCUACUGUCACUUCUUGGGUAACAACAUCCGCCAAGGCCAUCACCACAACCGCGACCACUACAGGCGCGACAGUCACCCCCAAGCCGGUCACCGAAGUUGUGACUGAUUUCACAACCAUUUUUGCCACCCAGACUACAAGCCCCAAAGCUGUCACGGUCCAGAGCACGACUACCAUCACAGCAGGCACCGGUGGUGCCACAACCACAUCUUUGAAGGCUACCACUGUCUUCUCGACUGUUGUUACGACGUCUGUCAAGACUGUUGCUAAGACUACAACGAUCAAGUGUAUCCCCACUCAGGACAAGCGAGACUUGAGCGCCGCGGCGAAUAUCAGGCCUCGAGCUGCUAUUGUUUUCGGCAACCCUUCUGUCGAUCUCGCUUCUGGGCUUACUCGUCGUGACUUGGACCUUGGUUCAAUCAACCUGGAGGCUCGCGCAGCUGCCGCUUCUGCAGUCACUGUCACUGUGGUAUCAACCUUUACGACCAACGUCAAGACCACCACCACGACUGUUCCUGGAAGCACAGCUACAACUCAAGUCAUCACCACAAAGGUCGUAGGAAAGGCUAGCACGCUCAAGCCAGUGACUGUGAUCGACGUAUCUACAUCCGUCGCAACACUAUACGUCACAGCUACCAUUCCAGGAGCGACGUCUACCACCACUGUUGUCACAACCAAGGAGACCGGCAAGACCACAACACUCAAGGCCUCUACCAAAACAGUUGUUGUCCAGUCUACUUCUGUCGUCACAGAAAAGAAGACCUCCACGCUUCCCGCAAGCACCGUCACUGUAUACAAGACUCUCACCAAGACCCUGCCUGCAGAGACUGCCAAGGUUACUUCUACUAGCACUGCUAAGAAGACGUCUAUCGUCACUCAGGCUGCAGAGACUGUUACGAAAUGGGCUACAGUCAAGACUACUCUCAAGCCAUCCAGCACUGUCACAUUGAGGAGCACUGUAUCCAAGACUACUACAUCUGUUGUGAAGCAGACCAAGACAACUUGGGCGACGAAGACUAGCAAGGGUGCCGCUGCAUGCACCAACUAG